AUGCCUAGAACUCGUGCGACAAAAUCAAACACAAAGGUCAAUAUUGGACAGACAAUCCAUGAUGGUGGUGUUCGAAAAAGAGCUACUGCAGCGACGAAAAUGAUCAAUAACUUUGCUCUAUCUGAUAGUGACGAAUAUACAAUCACGUCUAAACCAAGAGCUCGAAAGAACACCACGACUAAAAAUCGCAACAACGCAAAAACUACAACCACUGCUACGACCAAAACAUAUAAUACGAGGAGUAAAGCUAAAGGACAGAAAAGUAAAAAGAAUACUAGUUCUGAGCUUAGAAACCAAAGAAUCGCGCCUGAAUUCGAAGAGGAGGACUAUAAUUAUGAACAUUCAAUAAUGAGUGAAGCUGAUCAAUUGUAUGAAGAAGAUGAUGAUUUGGAAAUUGGUGACGGCGAAUUGGACAAUCUAGAAAGUUCAGAUAUCAAUGAAAUUAUUGGACUCCUUCAAUCUAAGCAACGAAUGAAAUCAAAUACGCGUUUUCAUAAAUUUGAAUAUGAACAGGAUCAAAGGUUGGAUGAAGCAAUUAAUAAAAUUGACGGAGAAGGAGGAAUCUUAAAUAAUUGGUUGGAUGAAAGGCAUGAAACGAUCAUAAAAGCAAAAAGGAAGAUGGAUGAUUGUUUAGCGCAUAAAGAAGAUAACAUUAAAAAUUUUAAAUUUGGUUUUGAAAAGUAUCAGUCAUCUACUACUAAAACGUUAGAACAUCUCACCAAACUUCACGAUCAAUCAAUGAAAUUUCGAAGUGAGCUUGAUAAUGGUUUGAAGAAUCUCUAUGAAAAAGACGAAUAUGAAUUGAAUGAAGCUCUAAAUCACUUCUUCAAAAUACACAAACGAGCUAGAAAGUCUUUUUUAAUUACUGUUAAGGAGGAUCAUAACAUUAUGGCUCUCAAAAGACGCUUGUCUG